AGCGGCGUGGCCGAUGACAGCCGGCCUCCGUCACGUGGUCUGGCGCACUCCAAUGGGCGGUGCCGGGGCGACCUGAUGUUCCCGGCGGCCCGUGCGUUGGCGGUGGUUGGGUGGUAAGAUGGCGGCUGUGAGUCUGCGGCUCGGCGACUUGGUGUGGGGAAAACUCGGCCGGUAUCCUCCUUGGCCAGGAAAGAUUGUUAAUCCACCCAAGGACUUGAAGAAACCACGUGGAAAAAAAUGCUUCUUUGUGAAAUUUUUUGGGACAGAAGAUCAUGCCUGGAUCAAAGUGGAACAGCUAAAGCCAUAUCAUGCUCACAAAGAGGAAAUGAUAAAGAUUAACAAGGGUAAGCGAUUCCAGCAAGCUGUGGAUGCUGUCGAAGAGUUCCUCAGGAGAGCCAAAGGGAAAGACCAGACAUCAUCCCACAAUUCUGCUGAUGACAAGAAUCGGCGUAAUUCCAGUGAGGAGAGAAGUAGGCCAAACUCAGGUGAUGAGAAGCGCAAGCUUAGCCUGUCUGAAGGGAAGGUGAAGAAGAACGUGGGAGAAGGAAAGAAGAGGGUGUCUUCAGGCUCUUCAGAGAGAGGCUCCAAAUCCCCUCUGAAAAGAGCCCAAGAGCAGAGUCCCCGGAAGCGGGGUCGGCCCCCAAAGGAUGAGAAGGAUCUCACCAUCCCUGAGUCCAGUAGUGUCAAGGGGAUGAUGGCCGGACCGAUGGCAGCAUUUAAAUGGCAGCCUACUGCCAGCGAGCCUGUUAAAGAUGCAGACCCUCAUUUCCAUCAUUUCCUGCUGAGCCAAACAGAGAAGCCAGCUGUCUGUUACCAGGCAAUCACAAAGAAGUUGAAAAUAUGUGAAGAGGAAACUGGUUCCACCUCCAUCCAGGCAGCUGACAGCACAGCCGUGAAUGGCAGCAUCACACCCACAGACAAAAAGAUAGGCUUUUUGGGCCUUGGCCUCAUGGGAAGUGGCAUCGUCUCCAACUUGCUAAAAAUGGGUCAUACAGUGACUGUCUGGAACCGCACUGCAGAGAAAUGUGAUUUGUUCAUCCAGGAGGGGGCCCGCCUGGGAAGAACCCCCGCUGAAGUUGUUUCAACUUGUGACAUCACUUUCGCCUGUGUGUCGGAUCCCAAGGCAGCCAAGGACCUGGUGCUUGGCCCCAGUGGUGUGCUGCAAGGGAUCCGCCCAGGAAAGUGCUACGUGGACAUGUCAACGGUGGACGCUGACACGGUCACCGAGCUGGCCCAGGUGAUUGUGUCCAGGGGGGGCCGCUUUCUGGAAGCACCAGUCUCAGGGAAUCAGCAGCUGUCUAAUGAUGGGAUGUUGGUGAUCUUAGCAGCUGGAGAUAGGGGCUUAUAUGAGGACUGCAGCAGCUGCUUCCAGGCAAUGGGGAAGACCUCCUUCUUUCUAGGUGAAGUUGGAAACGCAGCCAAAAUGAUGCUGAUUGUGAACAUGGUCCAGGGAAGCUUCAUGGCCACUAUCGCUGAGGGGCUGACCCUGGCCCAGGUGACAGGCCAAUCCCAGCAGACACUCUUGGACAUCCUUAAUCAGGGACAGUUGGCCAGUAUCUUUCUGGACCAGAAGUGCCAAAAUAUCCUGCAAGGAAACUUUAAGCCUGAUUUCUACCUGAAAUACAUUCAGAAGGAUCUCCGCUUGGCCAUUGCACUGGGCGAUGCCGUCAACCAUCCGACUCCUAUGGCAGCUGCAGCAAAUGAGGUGUAUAAAAGAGCCAAGGCACUGGACCAGUCUGACAAUGACAUGUCUGCCGUGUACCGAGCCUAUAUACACUAAGCCGUCAACACCCCCACCCAGACCCCUCCAGUCUACUCUCUGACCCCCUCUUCCUCACAUGGGGUUGGGGUCCUGGGACUUAACUCUGGACCAGCCCACCUGUCUUCAUUUCCUUUUCUACUGACUUUGAGACUUGCCAUCAGCAUAGCACACAGAAGCAACCUUCCCCUGAGGUCCUGGGGAGGGGAAGGGUCUCAGCAGGAUUUGGCUUGUGGGAAAGCUCUUAAGCUUGGCACUAGCCCCUGGACUAGGUGACUGUGUGUUCACACACAACACACACAUAUACAACACCCACACAACACAGGCUCUCAUCCCAGGAUAGAAGCUGCCCAAAAACUGCUGCCUGGCUUUUAUUCUUCCGAGCUUGUCUUAUCUCAAACCCCUUCCAGACAAGGAACUACAAUCCACAGUGAGAGUUGGAAGCCUUUCCACAGCUUCCCCCAGAGCGAAAAGGCUGUGGUCACUUCCACAUCCCCAAUUGGAUCCCCUGCAGGGAAAGGCUCUGAGCCAAGACAAGCCAAUACAGACUCCAGACGUAGGGUCCUGUGGGACCUCCAACUCAGGUGACCAGCUGAGAAGGAUUUUCAUGUUUAAGCCACCCAUGUGCAACUAACUCCACAACGCCUUUGUGAACUGAAAAGAGACUGGCAAAGUCCCGUGAAGAUGGGGCUCUGGCUUUCUAGGAAGCGCAGCAAGCACCGGCCUGCAGGUGAGCACAGAGGCCUGGCCCCCACUCCUCAGCGCCGGUGCCACAGAUCCCUGGGCAGUCCCAGGCCCCUGCAGCCACAUGUGUGGGAGUUGCUUCUCACCAAGCUUUCUUAGUGUUUAGAUUUGCAUUCCAGCCCUUGGGAGGGGGCUCCUUCCUGUUUCCGUUAUGCCACAGGCUCUUCACCUAGUUCCGAGGAGCCCCUCUGACGGUAUCCCCUCACAGCAGUCCCAGCUUCUCUAGUCUGCCCCUGUGUGCCCCACCUCUCUGCAUUCUCUCCCUUCUCCCUUUUCCUCCCAUGGAGACAGUAUUUCUUUGUCUUUCUGUCCCUUCUUUGGCUCAGACUCAGCCUGACCAAUGGUGAGCAUUUCUUAGUCUCUGCUCUUGAUACAGGAACGAGUGUCUUCACUCCUGCCAGCAUCAUGGUCUUUGGUGCUUCCCGGGCCUGGGGUCUGUUGGGUGGGAAGAGAACUGGGCCUGACCUACCUGAACUUGACUGACUCUCUGAGGUGGGUCUGGGACAUCCUUGAGGCCCUAACAUUUCUCCUUGGAUAGGGGACCAGAAGGGGCUUGGAAUGUUGCAUAAGAACAAGAUCUGAGGUUUUUCUUCAUCUGCACGGGUUGGAUUUUCCAAAGUCACAAUUUGCAGAAGGCCAGCAUUUAUAGUGAAAUAUAUAAUCAUAUAUAUGGUGGCCACACUGGUGUGGGGUCCCUCCCGGGUUACAGCCUUGGUCCCCUUUCACUGGUUAGAACCUAGGUUAGAUCUCAGAAGACGUGAGGGGGAGGGCAGGGAUGAUGCCUGUUGGGUUUUUAGCACAGCUGUUCAUUUCACUGGGAUUUUGGACUCAUUUCUGUCUGAACACAAAGCCCGUUCCAGUCCUGGCAGGACACACGGGGGUGGGGGUGGGGAAGAUGCUGUAAUGAAACCGGUUAGUCAAUGUUGUCUUAAUAUUGUUGACAAUUCUGUAAAGUUCCUUUUUAUGACUAUUUCUGUUUAAGCUAUUUCACCUUUGUUUUGAAAUCCUUCCCUUUUAAGGAGAAAAUGUGACACGUGAAAAAGCUUGUAAGAAAGCCCCUCCUCCCCCCCUUUUUUCCUUUAAAUGACAAAUCUAGGUAAUUAAGGUGGUGAAUUUUUAUUUUUGCUUUGUUUUUAAUGAACAUUUGUCUUUCAGAAUAGGAUUGUGUGAUAAUGUUUAAAUGGCAAAAACAAAACAUAAUUUUGUGCAAUUAACAAAGCUACUGCAAGAAAAAUAAAGCAUUUCUUGGUA